AUGACGAAAACCAGCAGCCCGCCUCAUGCUCCAUUUCUCAGCCUUCCCAACGAGUUGGUCGGCUCUGUUUGCCAUCUACUGCCAAAUAGUACCAUCAAGAAUCUCCGCCUCACCUGUCGCUUUUUUGCCGACAAAGCUCAGUUGCGUUUGCACCGUGUCUUCAUUUCCCCCAGUCUGGACAACCUCGGUGCUCUCCGCGGCAUUGCCGACCACGACACGUUUCGACGAGGUGUAGAGGAGAUCAUCUGGGAUGAUGCCACCUUGAAACCCAUCCAAAGAGAUGAAGGGUGGAAUAGUUACGAUUGGGACCCGGAUGCUGAAGAUUCUGACGAAGAAGAAGAACCUGUGUCUCAGUGGUUCGUCCGACUUUGCAAAACCAGCAUUACCCAUCUCGAGGAACGCAUGGCGCGCCAAAAUCGACCCGACACUGUUGCAAGACAAGAAGAGUUGGACAAUGCCAUGUCUUUCCGGGAAUCACUCAAGCACUACCGCGUCCUCGUGCAACAACAACAUGACAUAUUGCAGACACGUGCUGACGAGGAUGCCUUCCGGUAUGCUCUGCAGCGUUUCCCUCGUCUGAAAAGGGUCACCGUCACACCAGGGACCCACGGCUUUCUUUUUGAGCCUCUGUAUAAAACACCCAUGAUUCGAAACUUGCCUUACGGCUUUCUUUACCCCAUCCCACGAGGCUGGCAAGUCCCGCGUGAUGGCGUCAAUCGAGACCCGGCGUCGCCCUGGGAUGGUGAUGGCGCCAGUGAGGAGGACAAGAACCAAUGGCGUGGGUUUCGCAUUGUCACGCGUAUCCUGGCAGAAGAGCAACACCACCAUGUCUCGGAGUUGGUCUUUGACAACCACAAGAUCACGACCGGGAUUAACCACUUUGCUUUUCAUCCACCAAGUGAGGAGUACCAUAACCUCUGUACCAUCCUCAAGCGCCCUGGGUUCCGGCGCUUUGAGGUUUCCUUACUUGUAGGAUACCUGAUGGACGAGGAGGCUGAUGGUUGGGACACGUAUCGCAACCGAGAUUUGUACAAGGCCCUCGCCGGGGCACCCGAUUUGGAGCAUGUUGGCCUGCAAUCCGACUACGAGGAGCAUGGCCCCCAUCAAGGAGGAAGCAUGGACGAGUUCGUUUCGCUGUUCAGUGUGUUCCCCAUCGACCAUUGGACAAAGCUCAGGCAUUUUGGGUUAUCCCGCAUGCAGGUUGCCCAAGACGAUCUUGUCUCGUUUCUCGCAAAGCUUCCGUCCACGCUGCAGUCACUUGAGCUCAGCUUUCUCGCCUUUCUUGAACAGCAAGGCAACUACUGGGGCCUCUUGAGCGACAUCCGUGAUAAGCUUGGUUGGCGGCACCGGCCUGCCGAUACGAGAGUCAAGAUCUGCGUGUUGAUCACGUUUAAUCAACACAACCGAGUCGGGAGAUACAUUCGUCUUGACAAGGAGGUGCAAGACUAUAUUUACGGAUCUGGUCCUCCACCCUUUGGGCCCAGGGGCCAUAUCAGUUGCGGUACAGGUGUGCAGGAAGAUGAAUUUAAUCCACACUGGAAACGACCGUAUGAGGACGCUAGAGUAUUAAGGAGUCUUGGGUACUGA